GUCAAGCCGUAUCACUUUGAAUUCUGCUGCAACAUGCGGCAGCGCUGGUUUGGGCAGAACAUCAUCGACAUCUUCACACGGGAGUUCCCUGCCCGUGACCGGCAGUACUACCAGCAGGCGCUGGCCGAUGGGCGGCUGCGGGUGGAGGGCUGCCAGGUGACUGCCGAGACGCCGCUCAAGGACGGGCAGUGCAUUCGCCACUUCAUCCACCGCCACGAGGCACCGGUGCCUGCUGGCAGCAUCCAGGUGGUGGGGCAGAGCGAGGAUGCCGUGGCGGUGUGCAAACCGCACGGCAUGCCGGUACACGUGGCGGGACAGUACCGCAAGAACACGGUACUGGGCAUCCUCACAGCGGAGCACACGCGCCUGCCCGUAUCGCCAUGCUUGAUCCGCUCCGACUGCUCCCACCAUGCCCCGGCGCCCCUUCCCGUCUGCAGGCUGGACAAGCCGGUGUCGGGGCUGCUGCUGUUUGCGCGCAGCGCGGCGGCGGCGGCGGCGCUGUGCGGCAGGAUCGAGGGGCAUGCUGUGGAGAAGGUGUAUGUGGCUCGGGUGCUGGGCCGCUUCCCUGCCACAGGUGUGUGUACUGCCUGCAAGCUGCGGAAGCAGGCCAAGGCGGAGCGGGCGGCGGCGGCGGCGGCGGCGGCCGCGGCGGCCGCCAAGAAGCCCAGCAAGGGCCCCGCCAAGCCCGCGCGCACCGAGUUCCGCCUGCUGGCCGUGGCAGAGGACGGGCUGACGAGCGUCGUGGAGCCGCGCACGGGGCGCACCCACCAGAUACGAGUGCACCUGCAGCACUUGGGGCACCCCAUUGCCAACGACACACAGUAC